AUGUCGCUCUUCGGCACCUCCCCCCCCGAGGAACACGAGCCCUCACCAGGCCGAUUCCGCGGCGGCGGCGGCUUGUUCGACGACUCGCCCUCCCACAGGGCCUCGUCCAGCAGCCUGUUUGACGACGGCAGCGCCAGCCGGCCCGACGGCUCCUCGUCGACGCCGUGGGACCUGCCGACCCCGAGGAAGCAGCAGAGCCGCGCCGAGCUGCUCCGCAACCUGCUGCCCGCGUCCGACGCGCCCGACAGCUACGCCGGCAUUUUCGACGCCGUCGUCGGCGCCUCUGGCCGCGCGUCCGCCGACCACGUUGCCGGCUUGUUUGCCAGCGCUCGUCUGGGGCCCGAGGCCCAGGCGCGCAUCGUGUCGCUCGUCGCGCCUGGGGAUGCGGCGGACGUGUCGCUGGACCGCAACGAGUUCAACGUGCUGCUGGCGCUGGUGGCGUUGGCGCAGGAGGGCGACAUCAUAAGCCUUGACAGCGUGGAUGAACGACGACAAAACAUCCCUCAGCCCAAGCUUCCGGGCCUCACCGCCGAGCCAGUGCUGCCGCCCGUUGCCGAGCUCGCAGCCAAACCGCCGCAAACGCCCGGCAUUGGCCAAGUCCAAGCCGACCUUCAGGCACAGCAGCAUCAGCAGCAUCAGCAGCAUCAGCAGGCGCUCAACCCUCCGUCGCCGUUGGCGUUGCCGUCGCCGUCGCCGCCUGCCCAGCUGCUACGGCCGGUCAUGGACGAUCCCGAAGACGACCCUUGGAACACCCCCGACGUUCACAAAGGCCACGACCAUUCCAAGCUCAACGGACACCACAAGAGCCAUGCUGCCCUGGUCCAUGGGCAGAGCAGCUUUGACGCGUCGCCCUCCACCCGCAUCGCAGAUCAAAGCCUGAGCCAGUACAUUUCCGCGAGCCGCGUUCCAUCCUCGGCUCCUGGCGGCCGAUCAGGCAACGGCGGACACGGCGAGUGGGCGGGCUACUUUCCAGCCGCCGCCAAUGCUUCAACAGACAACAGCAACAACAACAACGACGACACCAUCAACAACAACAACAACAGCAGUAUCAUCAACACGGGAGCGUUCAACGGCCACCCGCGCAACGCCGCGCCCGUCUCGGCAAACCCGUUUGGCGGAGACGGCGGCAGUGGUCCUCCCGCAACAGCAGCGAUUCGACCGACGAGCGGGCGCACCGGCUCCAGCGUGGAGGAGAACGUCGUCGUGACGCUGAUGCCCGGCAAGGAGGGCAUAUUCAUGUUCCAGCACCACAACUACGAGGUCGCGAGUCAACGGCGGGGAAGCAAAGUCAUCCGCCGCUACAGCGACUUUGUCUGGCUGCUCGACUGCUUGCACAAGAGAUAUCCUUUCCGGGCGCUCCCCCUGCUGCCGCCCAAGCGGGUCGCCGUCAACGGCAACCACUUUUCCAACGACGGGUCGUUUAUAGAGAAGAGGCGGCGAGGCCUGGCCAGGUUCCUGAACGCCCUGGUGCGGCAUCCGAUCCUGAGUCAGGAGCAGCUGGUGGUCAUGUUUCUCACUGUUCCCACGGAACUCUCGGUAUGGCGAAAGCAGGCCACCAUCUCGGUGCAGGACGAGCUGGCCGACAAGGUCCUGCCUCCAGGCCUCGAGGCCUCGCUGCCCCCAACCCUCGAGGAUCUCUUCGCGCGGACGCGGGCCGGCGUCCGCCGCUCGGCCGAGCUCUACAUCAACAUCUGCAACGUCAUGGACCGCCUGGUCAAGCGGACGGGCGGGGUGGCUGCCGACCACGCCCGCAUCGCCAUGUCGCUCACGUCCCUGACGGAGAGCUCCGCCGACACGUACGCCACCGACACGAACGAGGUGCCGCUGCUCAACGACGGCCUGGCCGCCAUGAGCAAGCACCUCCGGACGUACCAGAACCUGCUGGAGGACGAGAGCCGCGGGUGGGACGAGGGGGUCCUGGAGGACCUCAAGCGCCAGCGGGACUCGCUGGUCAGCGUCCGCGAGCUGUUUGACCGCCGGGAGAAGCUCGACAGGGACAACAUUCCGUACCUGGAGAGGAGGAUACAGGCCAACGAGACCAAGCUGGCCGGCCUGCGGUCCAAGCCGGAGGGCAUGGUGAAGCCUGGCGAGAUUGAAAAGGCGGCCGAGGCGAUAAUCAAGGACAAGGAAUCCAUCGUGCAGCAGCACAACCGCUCCGUCUUGGUCAAGGAGUGCCUGCGCGACGAGCUCGUCACCUUGCAGAGCUCGCAGUACCACGUCAGCCGGUGGAACCAGGACUGGGCCGGCGAGCGGGUCAAGUACGCCGAGAUGCUGGCGGACAAUUGGCGCCGGCUGCUAGACGAGCUGGAGGGCAUGCCGCUGGGCGACUGA